AAGAGGCCCAUGACUAUUUAAUGUCAUUGAGCGAUGAAUUUGAUGACAGUGAUCCUGAAAUGGUAAUAUUGCUACCUGAUCCCGAUGUAGUCACUGAUGAUGAAGACAUUGAUGAUGCCUGUACUAGCAAUGAACAUAGACCUGUUAUAUUUGAUGAAAAACCACAGGAAGAAACUGCAGGAACUAUUGAAGUUAUGAAGGAAAAAACAAAUGCAAGAAGUAAAUAUUUCAUCACCAAAAUGGGCGAAUCGAACACCAAAAUAUUCGUCAGCUCCCGAAUUAUUUCAUAGUGGAAAUCAUCAAAAAAUAGUGGGCAUGGUUUCAGGAAAAUCACCUGUAGAGUUAUUUGAAAUGGUGGCUAAAAAUAUGAUUGCAAAAACAGUAGACGAAAGUAACAAGUAUGCAGGACAAAAAAAUAAUCAAGAAUUUAAUCUAAAAACAGAUGAAUUUAAGCAAUUUCUAGGAAUUUUAUUCUACAGUGGUUAUCACAUUUUGCCUAGAGAAAAAAUGUACUGGGAAAAUGCUCCUGAUGUUGGAACAACUCUCGUCAGUCAAGCUAUGUCGAGAAAAAGGUAUUUUGAUAUCAAGAAGUACUUGCACUUUAAUGACAACACUGCUAUUGAUUCAUCAGAUCUCUUUUACAAAGUUCGUCCAAUUUAUGAGCUGUUGAAUGAAUCUAUACAACAAUUCGGGGUGUUUUCGGAACAUUUAAGUAUUGAUGAAAGAUUGGUUCGUUAUUUUGGAAAACACGGUUGCAAAAUGUAUAUGAAAGGGAAACCCGUGAAAUUUGGAUACAAACUCUGGAUACUCGCAUCUUUUGAUGGAUAUCCUUUCCAUAUAAUACCGUAUCAAGGAGCGAAGAAAGAUAUUGAGUCUGACCUAAAGAAAGCGAAAAAGUCAUUAUUUCAAAUGGUUGUUGAAAAUUUGCUUUCAAUCGUUGAAACUCCAGCACUUUAUAAAAUCUAUAUGGAUAACUUUUUCACAUCUUAUGAUCUUUUCGUUAGCCUAAAGAGUAAGAACUUCUUCGCUACAGGAACUGUUAGAGAGAAUAGAAUGGGAAAAUGUCCCUUAAAAUCAUCUAAAAUUUUGGGUAAGAUAGAUCGUGGAACAUCCGAUCGAAAGUUUGACUCUAGAAAUGAAAUUGCAGCAGCACUCUGGAAUGAUAAAAGAGUAGUAUCAUUGAUAACUAGUUUUGAAGAAACAAAAUGCUUCACAAAAGUUGAGAGAAGAAUGAAGGGUGGGAAGCUGAAAGUAGACAUACCAUCAUGUGUUGUUUCCUGUAACAAGUAUAAGAAUGGAGUAGACUUGUUUGACAAUCUCAUGGAAACAUAUUGUUCUUCUAUACAAGGAAAAAAAUGGUAUUGGUCAUUAUUCAUAAAUGCAUUUGAGACAUCAUUGCUUGCAGCAUGGAAACUUUCCAAACUUUUUGUGCCUGAACAAAGUCUAGAACUACUGGAAUUUCGUCGACACAUUACAGUAGCCUACCUAGGAUUGAGCGUACCUCGAAAUAAUGUUGGAAGAAGCUUAGGCGCUCAACAAAGAAACCCAGACUACUUGAAAUUGCAAACUGAUCACACAUUAAUUAGAAAUCCUGAUGGAAAACAACGACGUUGUCAGCUUAAAAACUGUACAGGAAAACCUACUACUGUGUGCCAGAAAUGUAACUUAGGACUUUGCGUCGAAUGUUUCCUGCCAUUUCAUGUAAACCAAGAGGCUUGUUCAUAAAACAUAUGGUAGUGGAUUGGACCAUCGUCCUAUAUAUAGGACAGCUUGUAAAUAUUAAACCAUUAAA